CAGUUCCUCUUCUAAAGUGGAUCAAUAACAAACUUUACUGGUUUUUCUUCAAACUUAAACUACAGAUUAAAAUGAGUGGCGGAGUUUACGGAGGAGACGAAGUUGGCGCGAUUGUGUUCGACAUUGGCGCCCAUUCAGUUCGGGCCGGUUAUGCUGGUGAAGAUUGUCCCAAGUAUGACAUCCCAACACAUGUAGGAACCUUAGAAGAGGAAGUCAAAGAUGAAAUUAUGGAAACUGAUGCUCCUCCUGAAGAGAAGCCAAAACUUCCAGAGAAAAAAUACUACAUCGACACCAAUUACAUUCAUCUUCCGAAAGAGAACAUGGAAAUUAUUAAUCCAGUUAAGGAUGGAAUGAUUGAAGAUUGGGAUACAUUUGAGAAACUGCUGGACUAUAUGUAUGCGAAGGACAUCAAGUCUGAAUCAGCUCUUCACCCUGUGGUUAUGUCAGAAGCUUCAUGGAAUGUACGUGCAAAGAGAGAGAAACUUACAGAACUGAUGUUUGAAAAAUAUAACAUUCCAGCAUUUUUUCUGUGCAAAAGUGCAGUGCUUACAGCAUUUGCAAAUGGUAGAUCCACUGGACUAGUUAUAGAUUCUGGAGCAACACAGACCAGUGCUGUGCCUGUUCAUGAUGGAUAUGUCCUUCAACAAGCAAUUGUCAAGUCUCCCUUAGCUGGGGACUUCAUCACUGCUCAGUGCCGACAGAUGUUUGAAGAACAGAAUAUUGAAAUUGUCCCACCUUACCUCAUUGCUAGUAAGGAAGCCUCCAAAGAAGGUGGGCCUGCUAUUUUCACCAAGAAGAACAAUAUUCCACCACUUACGAAAUCAUUUCACAGACACAUGGUUACUGAAACCUUACAAGAUUUCCAGGCGAGUGUGCUCCAAGUAUCCGAUGGUCCCUAUGAUGAAAGCAUUCUUGGCAAUAUUCCUGGAGUGGUUUACGAAUUUCCAAAUGGUUAUAACAACACAUUUGGUGUGGAGAGAUUUAAGAUUUGUGAAGGACUCUUUGAUCCCUCAAAUGUCAAGGGUAUUGAGGGAAGCACAGCUAUUGGUGUCACACAAGUGGUUACCACAAGUGUAGGAAUGACAGACAUAGAUAUAAGAGCUGGUUUGUUUGGAUCUGUUAUCGUCACGGGCGGAAAUACUCUGUUACAAGGUUUUAAUGAAAGACUGAAUCGAGAGCUUCUUUCUAAAACACCACCAAGCAUGAGAUUAAAGCUGAUAUCUAGUGCGCCCACGGAAAGACGAUUUAACCCAUGGAUAGGCGGUUCUAUUCUCGCAUCACUGGGCUCAUUUCAGCAAAUGUGGAUAUCAAAACAAGAGUACGAAGACCAAGGAAAGGGAUGUGUCGAAAGAAAAUGUCCUUGACGACUUCGUCUUUGGCAGCAACUGUAGUGUAUAUUUAAUGUAUCAUAAUAGAUUUCGCCAGAUCACCGUAAAGCUCUUUUUGUAACGUUUUUAUAUUUCAGAAUAGCGUAUGAACAAUACUUGAGGUUGUUUUUCGAACCAGGGGUAAACUGAGCAACUAAACAGAUUGACUAACUGUGACGUUUUCCGAGCACAGUUAACAGCAAAAGACAUGAAAUCUCAACACGAUUGACGACGAAUGCUGUCACGUUUUCUUGACCAAAGAAAAAACCCACAACUCAAGGUUGUAAAAUGUCUCUCAAGUAAAUCAACAAAAUAUGAGUUAUUAGCGUGCAUGUUUUCCAUCGGACUCAGUACUGCUGUAUAAUGUAAGAAUUUCAUUCGCUUGACGCUGAAGUUUUGAAAUAAUCGUUACCGGCUGCUUUACAGACCAUAUGUUCAUUUAAUGAGUGAGUGCCAUAGGUUUUUACAUGACGCAAUCAUGCACGUACGCGUGAAAGGGCAGAAUGAACCUUAUUUGAUAAAACGAUAUUCGUCCACAUUAUCAUCUCUUUUCAGUAUCGCAAAUGAUCAUCACUGUUGUGAUUUACAUGGUAAGCAAAAUUGUACAGGCAUUUUGAUUGGUUGUUACUCAUGAUCUAUUGGAACAUAGAUGACGUCACCAUUAACACCAUUUGGCUUUUUUCAUCAUAAAAGAACGAAUAGAUUCCAUGUUUCCGUGGGUCCUUACAAUAAUAGAUCACAGAAGAUGUCAAAAUGUGUCAAGAACAAAAGUAACACGCUUGGGUGACAUUUAAUAUCAUCUGUGAUCUAUUAGUAGACAGGCGCAUUGCAAAAUGGAAUCUAUUAGAUAAAUUGAUAGGGAUUUUCAAAGUCUGGAGCAAUGUUACCCUGGCUGCGUUUGCUCGGCCUCUCUUUACUGAAGAGAUAUGUACAGUAGGUCGGCAGCUCGUCUCGUCGCUUCGAUAUCUAUCUUCCGGUGGUUCUUUCCUUGUUUGGCGUUCAAUUGACUGGUACCAAUUCCUUUCUUACUCCUCUAUACUUUUAUGUUACAAGUGCCGUUCUGUUCUAGGGCUGUGUCGUGCCGAUUGAAAAUUUCGUCCGCUCCGUGAACAGUCAACUGUGAAUCUGCACCUAAAGCUCCAUUUGUGACAAACCUGUCUCUACAAAGAGUACGUUCUCAACGUCAUGAAGAAAAUGUUCUGUGUAACGCUUAUUCAGCGUAUCCGUUUGUAAAUAUCACAUGAACUAUUUCGUUAGAGUCCAUAAUCAGGCUAAGCCGCAGGCGUAGUCUAAACAGAGAAAGUAAAUCCAUUUCACCUUUUA